CUCCGGGUCCCGGAGGAGCCGCAGGGCUCGGCGCCAGGCCGGUCCGAUCCGGUCUGGAGGAAGUGACGGCACCGUGCGGUGCGCGGGGUUUCCCGGGGCCCUGUGUCGGACUCGGGACUCGGUGAACAAACGAUCAUUUCAUAUACUUGCCACCCUCUGUGUGAAAAAGGUUACCCCUCAGCUAAAGCAAACUGAGUGGAAAAAGAAUGGACAAGAAAUUUAAUGAUAAUGGCACGUAGUUUUGGCAAACGUUACCUCAAGGCAUUUGUUAGUGGUUUCUUUGUCGCUGUUCCUGUUACUGUGACAUUUCUGGAUCGUGUGGCAUACAUUGCAAGAGUGGAGGGUGCAUCAAUGCAGCCAUCAUUAAAUCCUCCGGGAAGAACCACAUGUGAUGUCGUGCUUUUAAAUCGAUGGAGUGUGCGGAACUAUGAAGUACAACGUGGUGAUGUCAUCUCCCUGGUGUCACCUAAAAAUCCAGAACAGAAAAUAAUCAAGCGAGUGAUUGCCCUUGAAGGAGAUAUCAUCAGAACUAUGGGAUAUAGGAACAGAUUCAUAAAGAUUCCCAAUGGCCAAUUAUGGAUUGAAGGAGAUCACCAUGGACACAGCUUUGACAGCAAUGCUUUUGGACCUGUUUCCCUUGGACUAGUUCAUGCCCGUGCUUCACACAUCAUCUGGCCUCCCAAUCGUUGGAUGAAAUUACAAACAGAUCUCCCCGUGGAGCGAAGGCCUUUGUUGAUUGAGGGCAAUGAAUCGGUGGAUGGGACGUCCAUUUAGCACUGAAUGAAGAAAGCAAGCUUCCAGCUUGAAAUUGAAUUGAUCCAGUAGCUGCUGGAAAAGGAAGAUUGCAUUGUGUUGUUCUGUAGCGUUGUAUAUUCCAUACACUGGCCUUUCCCAAGCCAUAAACACUUGUGUUCUACAUUGCAAAAUUCAUUAUUACACAGACUUUAUUGAACACUUGCCAUAAUUUUUAGUUGUUUUUCUUACGUGUUUUGAAUGAUUUCACUGCCUAUUGAGCCAAAACUCAUCUUGAAUUUAGGAUGAAAUAUAAAUGAAAGAGUUAAUUCCAGUGGAGACCUGGGAGAACACACUGCAGUUUUGCCAAGGAAGCCAUUAAUAUACCCUUGAUGUUAUUGAGAUGAUGUCAGUCUAGAACCAAUAGAUUAGGGCCUGAAAAUCUCUUAUGAUCAGUUUGCCAGCGUAAGUGUGGACAAUUACAGUUAGCACCUUUCCUCACCUAAAACAAGGAAUCUUGUCUCAAACUUCUGGGAAGUUAAGUUCAAAGAAUGUCAUUUGCAUAACUGGACCAGACUGAGAUACGUUUACGUUAAAAGAGCAGGGUCCUCUAUCAUGCAAAAGGCUAAACAAGUUUUGAUCUUAUAUGUAAUACAGGACCCAUUCUGAUGAGAAAAUGUAAGAAAUAUUUCUAUUUUUGCAUUCUUUAGAAGAGCUCAAAACAUGUCCCCCGCACCUCACCCUGCCCAUUGGAACUGGCAUCUUUUUCAUAGCACCACCAUUCCUGAUGUAAGUAAAGUAGAUGCAUGAUAUGUAAGCAGCCCACCAGAACCGAAGGUCCAAUCUACAUCUGCAUGAAUCCUGGUAGCAUCAGGAUCAGACCCAAAUUCUGUCUUGGGCAUGAAAGAAAACUUAGUUUCACUGCAGCCCCAAGAAUAUCAUGGUCUGGGACUUUUGGGAGGAUUUGGUUUAAGCGGACUUUAUAUAGAAAGUCAUUUCAUUCAUGGCUCCUAGCUCAAAACCUAACUUAGGAGGAAAUGACUAUUUUCUCUCUCUCUACUGCUGAUGAAGGUUUCAAUCCAGUUCAUCAUGGCUGUAGGUUUGCAACUCACAAAGGUCUGGAGUUUACUACAAAUUGGCAUGCAUUUUGGUAUCUUAUAACAAGAUUUAAUUAGGGAGUAGGUAAAGUAGGAUACUGCUGUUGGGACAUAAUUGAAAGAACCUUACUUUCUUUGAAAUAUGCAGCUUUGAAACCAAAGAUUACUUAAUAUUGAAUUGACAUUGGGUGAUACAAGGGAAUAGAUGCUCCAUCCCCCAGCACUGACACUCCAAUUUCCUACCCUAUUGCCACUGAUACAAAGUGUAACACUGAAUAUUUUUAAUUUUUGUCACAUCAGAGCAGAUCUGAAUUAGACUCCACUGCAAGAUGGGGUUUUUUUCCACUAUUUCAGGCAACUACCCUAUUCAAGUAAAAUGUUUCUUCAGAGCUUAGAAUGUUGUGGCAGUGAAGGCAAUAUGCUUGACUCAAAAAAACAAAUAAGUAAGAAUGAGCCCUUGCAAUCUUUUAUCAAGAUAACCAAAAGCGUAAUUCUUCAAACAGAAACUUCCUUGAUCGAGCAGAUUCUGAAUGACAGUAACAUUGAAAAGGAUUUGCAGGCUCCUAAGUCAUGACAUUUUUUAGAAACAGAAGAUUUGAGGCACAGACAGAAGUCAGUCAGCCCAUUGUGCUCUGAGCCACCCAAGAAUGAAUUAUGUGACUGAAUUCCACUGACCAUUCCUUGAUCCGUAAUUAUAUAGCUUGUGAUAUUUUAUUCCUUUUUAAUGUAGUAAUGGUUUCUAUCACCCUCUCAAGCAAUGAGCUCCAGAUCUUCACCACCUUCUGGAUUCAAAAAAAUGUCUCUUUAAACUUUUCCUGUCUGUCCAACUAUUAUUUUAAAUCUUUGUCCCUUCUCAUAUUUGACUUCCCUAUUAUGAGAUCGAGGUUCUAUCUACUACAAUUUUUUUUAUAAUUCUAUAAUAUCUUGCCCCAGCAUCCUCCGUUCUAAAGAAAAUAAUUCUAACUUUUUCAGUUUUUCCACAUAACUAAAAUUCUUCAUUUCUGGCAACACAUUUUAAAUCUUUAUAUACCUGAACCAAAAGUAUUUCAUCCUUCCUGUAAUAUGGUGACAAAGUCCCUGUAGUACUCUGUAUGGUGUAUUCUAACUUGUCCUUGAUCAGAGUCGAUAUUUCUAUAAUUUGAAGCCUUCUUGAUUUUGCAUUAUCUGUAUUUUAUUCAGUGUGAGCUCAAUUUAUUAAUAUGUUCUGUUCUUUACUUAAAAUUCACUGGAUUGCCACGUAUUCUCAGUGGUUCAACUAUAAAUCCAUGAGAUGUCAUGGCAAUCUUUCAUACAGCUUGGAAAGAUGCCAGGUUUGAUCCCUGUAGUCUCAGCUGAUGACAGCAGUGCAAAAUCAUUCUUAACAUCACCCAGGGAAAAAAUAACCAGAGCAAUAGAAACCAGGAUUCCUUAUUGUCUAGCAACUCCUGCUGGAAGUUUGCAUGUUGGAUGCAACUAUAGUGAGACCUGCUAUGGUGGUAUUCUUGUGUUUCAAGUUAGGAUCUGAACUACAAUUGUCCAAUAAAGAAGGUCAUACUUUAGACAUGUCAACACAGCUAAAUAUAAUUGUUCAUAGAUUUGUUCUAACUUUUGAAAUGCAAAUUUGACUUAAGAAGUAAACUCCAUGGAAAGCCAGUGAAACCUUGAAUGGCAUUUCACAUUAGGUCACAAAGGAGUUACAUAGAAGCACUAUGAAAUUUUUUUUUGUGUUCCUUCUAAAACUGGCAAACUAAGGAAGGUGCAUCAAAUCUUUUAUUCCCCUUAUGAGAAAGUCAAGGCUAAGGCAGAUAAGAUAAUUACAGUUAAGAUAAUUGGUCUGGGACAGAUCAAUGUGAGAUCUUUACCCAUCAUAAAUUUUGCAGGGAAGCAAAGUAUCUUUGUAUUGUAAUUGAUAUCAAAUUAUUUCUGGAAACUUUAGCAAUUAAAGUGGUUAAAUGGCCUAAUGCUGAAUUGCCCUAUUCAAGUAAAGCAAGUGGGGCAGCACAGUGGCUCACUGCUGCCUCACCGCCAGGGACCCAGGUUUGAUUCCUGCCUCAGGCGAC